AUCCGAGACCCGCUCUUCCUCGUCUCCUUCAUUCACACCCUGGAGGAGCAGAAGAACUUCACCGACAAGGACAAGUGAGUGUAUGUCUGAGCGCAGGAGGAGAGAAAGAGAAAGAGUGUAUGUAACAGGAUGAGUGAGGGUGUGUGAGUGCUGAAGUGACGGACGUUUUUUUUUUUUCCUCCCACAUGAGUGUCGCUGGUGUGUAGCUACUGUGUCCGGGUCGUAUGUGACUGGCACUAUAGGGUCGUUCGUGACUGUCACUAUAGGGUCAUAUGUGAGGUGAUUUUCCCCCUUUCCCCCCCUUUUCAUUCCGCUGUCACUGUACCCACUUCCUUUCUCUCUCUCAUCUCCCCCUGGCCUUACUUCUCCCUUUCUCUCUCUCUUCUUCCCAUCUUUUAUUCUCUCUGUCCUAUCACCCUCCUGUUAUCUCUCUCCAUCUUUUUCCUUACUCUUGUUUCUUCACUUUUAUCUGCAUUUGUCUCUGUCCCGCUCCCAGGUGUCUGGUGGCGUCUCUGUUGACCCUGGCCCUGCACGAUGACCUGCCCUACCUGACCCAGGUGAUGGAGCAGCUGCUGGUGUCUCUGAUGGAGCAGCCCAGUAACGCUCAGCCCAAACUGCUGCUGCGCCGCACAGAGUCCAUCGUGGAGAUGCUGCUCACCAACUGGAUGUCCGUCUGCCUCUACGGCUUCCUCCGGGAGUGUGUGGGGCAGCCCCUGUACCUGCUGGUGUGUGCGCUGACGGAGCAGAUCAGUAAGGGUCCGGUGGACUCGGUCACAGGGAAGGCCCUCUACACCCUCAGUGAAGACUGGCUCCUGUCGCAGGCCCCAGACUUCAGCCCUCUGAAGCUGAGCGUGCUGUUUGCGGUGGGAACGGAGGGCGAGGUGAGCGAGCCGCUGGACGUCUGCGUUCUGGACUGUGACACGGUGGAGCAGGUGAAGGAGAAGAUCCUGCUCACUUUCCACCGCAAGUUUGGCUUCCGCUACACCCAGCAGCUCCAUGACAUAGACAUUGGUGAGUAG